CUAACCAUAUCGAUAAAAUAUCGGAAUGAUGACUUUGAGCACGUUUGUCCCUACACAUUUUAAAAAUCUAACAAAGGGGCUCCUUGGAAACUAUAACGGAGAUGCAAGCGAUGAUUUUGCGAUGCCAAAUGGAACGGUUCUAAAAGAAAAUAUUACCGAAAGAGAAAUAUUCGAAUAUGGCAAAACAUGGGCAAUAAAUCCAAACAAUUCUGCAUUCGUGUAUGACGUUGGAAAAUCCCAUGUCGAUUUCCAUAACGAAACGUACGUUCCAAGAUUUUUGGACGAAGCUGAUCCUCAGCUCAUAGCGAAAGGUGAAAAAAUAUGCGAAGGUUCAAAUAAUACUGAGUGUGUGUUUGACUAUGUUUUCACGGAGAAACCUGAUAUCGCAGAGGAAACCAAAAAGAUCAAAGGACAGUCAGAUGCAGACAAAGCAGAAAUCGAUGAAACUGUCCCAACACUUGACGGAUGUUCAACAGUUAAUGUGACAAAAGGACAAAAUGCGUCAUGUAAACUAAAUGUUGGAGACGGUGAUACAGUAAAAAUUGUUUCAAGCAACGUCAGUGCUGAGAUUGAUCAGGACUCAUCAACAAUUACAUUCGUUCCUAAAACAGAUGAACCCGUCACGAUUCGGGUAGUGGCGGAAAAUGAAAAUGGUCGAUUAUCUCCGGCUUUUUCUGUGAGUGUAUUACUGUGUACAGGAUGUAGCAGUCAUGGUGUAUGUACAGGAGUUCCAAGGACCGAUCCGCGGGAAAAUGAAUACUUUCAGUAUUCCACGUGUGACUGUGACCCUGAAUAUGAAGGUUUAAUUUCUGACUUCACUUUUUUUCAAACUAAGCAUUAAAGUGGAUUUUCAUUGCUAUAAUACAGAAUGACUAAAAUCACGGUAAUAAAUGAAAUCAAUAAUCUUUUUUACGAUAAACGAGUUUACCACUUCAUAUUUUAUUUUCAUUUACUAACAAUGACCUAAAUGUAAACCCUUAAUUGCUUGUACCUAGAUGCCAAAAAAAUGUUUGAAGAAGUUUUUAUCCUUGCUUCAUUAGAACA